UUUUUGACCUGCAAAAAUAUGCGUGCGGAAUGAUUUUUAACCGCAAUCCUUUAAUUCAUUAUAACUAUCAAAGUUUCAAUUCCUUAUUUCAAUUGAAAAAGUUGCAUUUAGCUCCUUCUUUGCAACAAAAGCAUCCCGAAAAAAAAACUACAAAAAUGUCUUCAUCAGGGGUAACUUUGGAUGCCAUACCAAAAGUAGACAUUGAUAAAUCAGGUGUAUUUAAAUAUAUUUUAAUUAAUGUUACGGAUAAAAAUAAGCAAGAGGAAAGUCCAGUGACAAUUGUUAGAGGUUAUGCCCACUGCAACUACCAUUCUGAUAUAUUAGAUGAGGUUGAGGGAAAGCUUCAACCAUUGCAAUGUGAGGUGUUGGGAGGCGGUCGCAUUUCUCAUGAUGCUGACUUCAAAAGGAUUAAAAUAUAUGGUUAUUCACAAGGCUUUGGGAAGGCAGAUCAUGAGGUCACUGCUAACAUUAUAAAAGAUGCAUAUCCUAAUUACACCAUCACAAUAAGUGACGAAGGCUAUUAAGGAAGUAAAUGCUACAACCAGCUAGAUGAAGCUAUUUAUACAUGUCCAUUAUAAACCUUUAUAUUUGUAGCAUGCUGUGAGGUCAAAUAAUAAAAGGGCAAUAUUGUAUGAGUAACUUUAUUUCCAUAGACUUACAUAUUUUAUAAAUUUUAUCAAUGCCUUGUAAAAACAUUGUGAUAUAUGUUUAAUAAACUGAUGGUGGAGCUA